CCGCGCGCCUGUUCGCCGUGUGCCCCUCACUCCUCGCGCCAGUUCCAGAGGUGUGCAGAAGCCAUGGCUGCCGCCAACCCGUGGGACCCAGCGUCCUCGCAGAGUGCAGCUGGGUUACUGCUGAACCACUUGGUAGCUUCGGGGAUAGUCACUAAGGAGAUGUUAGAUGUAUCUAAGAAAAUGGCUCCUUGCUUUGUGAACUUUUCCAGAUUACAACAGAUCUCAGAUAUUCAAGCUGAAAUCUACCAGAACAAUCUGGAACUUGAACUUCUGAAGCUAGAAAAGGAUACAGCAGAUCUUAUUCAUCCUUCCUGUUUGACUGAGAAAUGUGAUGUUCUGCAAAGCAUGAAUAAUCAUCUGGAAGCAGUGCUAAAAGAGAAGCACGCCAUCAGGCAAAGACUGCGGAGACCCAUGUGCCAGGAGAACUUGCCAUUGGAAGCUGUUUAUCACAGAUAUAUGGUACAUAUGUUGGAUCUGGCUGUGACUUUCAUUGAGAAAUUUGAAACCCAUCUUGAAACAGUUAGAAAUAGCCCUCAUUUAGACGCAAACCUACAGAAAAUAAGCAAAGCUUUAGCCAAGAUGGAUAUUUUGGUGAACAAAACAGAAGAACUGGCAGAGAAUAUACUCAAGUGGCAAGAACUACAAACGGAAAUGUCCUUGUCUAUCCCCAGAAUGCUAACUGAAGAGCGUCAUCUUCAUGAACUUGCUGUAGUGCCUCCGUUACCUUUCUUUCCUAAGGCUCACACGGAAACCCCCAAUGCCAAGUGAUGUCAUCAUUAGUUUCGAUUAAUUACAUGUAGUCAAAGAAGUCCGUUUCUAGAUUGUUUUGACUGGGAUAUUGAUAGGUUUUCUUGCUAGCAAUAUUAAUGGAAUAGCGGAGCCAGAAAGAUGUCUCAGUGGGAAAAGCUGCUACUUGAAGCCUCUAAGCCUGAGUUCAAUCCCUGGGAUCCAGAUUAUCAGAAGGGGAUCACUGAUUCCCACAGAUACUCGAUCCUAUGGUGUCCACACAUGUGUCAUCAUAUGCAUGUGCCUAUACCCACAAAACCAGAAAUGAAUGUGUGUGCGUGCGUGUGAGAGAGAGAGUGAGCACAUUGGAGUACAUAUGGUUUCACUUCUUUACAGGUUUUCACUCUCUUCAGUGAAGCUUAAAAAUGAUA